GAAGAGGAAAAAAAAUGGACUCACCUAAAAACCCCAAGUCUUUUCCCACCAAUCUACUCUUCCUCUUCAUUCUCAUGUCCUCAAAUCUUCUCACCCUCUUUGUUUCCACCACUUUCAACAACUCUCAUUGCUCUAUUCCUUCCUCCUCCAUCAAUAUCAACCCUACAAAAACCGCCUCCGAAUUUCUAGCCAUCACAUCUCCCCAAAAGCUUCCUUUCGGUUACAACAACAACUUUGAUUCGGACGAGAUUCUCCCACCCGUUGGCAUGCCUUGUACCUUGUUUCCCGAUUAUCUCAACCGAUAUAUGUCAUACAAGGUCAACGGUUCUUGCCCCGACGAUGAGUUACUUGCUCAAAAACUUCUCCUUAAAGGGUGUGAACCGCUUCCUCGUAGAAGGUGUAGACCCGCAGCCUCAAAAGAAGCUAUCGAGCCUUACCCAAUUCCCAAAAGCCUAUGGACAAAGCCUUCCGACAAUUCGGUUGUUUGGACCGCGUACACUUGUAAGAGCUAUGAGUGUUUAGUCAACCGAAAGCGUAACCAGAAGGCUUUCGAUGAUUGUAAAGACUGUUUUGACCUCGAGGGUCGCGAAAAAACUCGAUGGUUGAAACCGAAAGGCGAUGGGAUUAACCUCUCGAUCGAUGAGGUUCUUGCUUCGGUGAAGCCGGGGAGUAUUCGGAUAGGACUUGAUAUCGGAGGAGGUGUUGCCACUUUCGCGGUUAGAAUGAGGGAAAGGAACAUAACAAUUGUGACCACUUCCAUGAAUUUAAACGGGCCUUUCAAUAAUUUCAUUGCAUCGAGAGGUGUCAUACCUUUAUACCUUAGUAUUUCUCAGAGACUUCCGUUUUUUGACAAUACACUCGAUAUUGUGCAUUCCAUGCAUGUUUUGAGUAAUUGGAUUCCGUCGACGAUGCUACAAUUUAUGCUUUUCGAUAUUUAUAGGGUGCUUAGGCCAGGUGGGUUGUUUUGGCUAGACAAUUUCUUUUGUGUGGGUGAGCAGUUAGAUAAAUUGUAUACGCCACUUAUCGAUAGUAUAGGAUUCAAGAAAGUGAAGUGGGUCGUGGGGCGUAAACUCGAUAGAGGUCCAGAUCUUGAAGAGAAGUAUCUUACAGCUUUGCUGCAGAAACCAUUGAAGAAUUCUUGGUGA